GUGAUGGGCAGGUCGUGGUGUAGGAUGACUCAGGGAAAUGUUAGUGGAAGCGGGGAACCCAGUGAAGAGGCUCUUGUUAGAAGCCAAGCAAGAGAAGAGGAGAUCUGAAUUAAGUGGGGGUGGGACCAACUCCUGCUUAAGAACACCAUGCACGCAGGAGCACUGCAGGGAGCUCAACAGUAGGCUAUUGGACAGAAGCGGGCAGUGGCAUUGAGAGACCUCCAGACCAGGCAUGGCCAUGAAUCCAGGGGCUAGUCUGGUCCUCCGUGAAGACACCAAGAUGAUACCCACUCUCAACUCCACUGAGGCGCCUGGUUUAGGCUCUGGCACCAUCUCUGGGCCCAACCCAGACACAGACCUUGUUCCUAUCUUGAAUCCACCCCUGAGUCCUGGCUUGGUUCUUGAUCCAGACCUUAAUCCAACUCUGAGUCCUGUCUCAGAGGAGACCCCUGGCCUGGCAUCUGAUAACACCCCCAGACCUGAUGACAGCAGGGCCACGGCUCCAGCCUCCCUCCAGAUCACCACUGCCCACUCUGGUGAAGCCCUGGGUUUGGAUUCCAAUCACAUCUCGACAGCUGACUCACAGGGGGCCCUAAGUCCAGCCUCAAACCUCAUUCUGAGCCCUGGCUCUACGGAAGCCCAGGGUCUGAGUUUGGGGAACCACUCUGGGCCAAAUUCUGAGGAGGCCUUCAGCUCCCUCCCAAGCAAGGUUUUUGAUUUGGAUCAGAGUAACUCCAAUCCUUCCAGGCCUGAAUCAAACCCGUUUAAAAGGCCUUAUUCAAAAGAAACCCUUGUUCUGGGCCAAAGCAUCUCCAGGCCAGGCUCAAAAGCUCUCCUUAUUCCAGCCCCAAACUCUUCUCUGGAUCCUGAUUCCAAUCAGCUGCUCAGUGUGGGCUCAGGAAACAUCUCCAAGCUGGACCUGAAUGCAGCUCCAAGUUCUCCUGGGUCCCUAAUGCCAGACAUGAAUGAGACCAUCACUUUGGUUUCACAUAACAUCUCUGGAUCUGUUUCAAAAAGAACCUUUGGUGCAGCCUGGAACACGAGUUCCAGGGGAACCAUCAACAUGGCUUCAAAUGACAAUCCCAAGUCUGAUUUGGACAUGACUGUCACUCAGGCCUCAUGCUUGACGCUGGUUCCUGGUUCCAGCGAGGCUAUCAGCCUGCACUCCAGCACCCAGGGACCCAACUCCACUGUUUCUCCACCCUCGUGCGUGACCCCGAUCCUGGGCUCCAAUGAGACUCUGAGCCUGGUCUCCAGCCUCAUCUUCAGUGACACCUCCACCCUGACACUGAGCAGCCAGCAGGACUGUUCCGAGGACAACAGCAUCCACACGGUGCCCCUGGAGGGGAGUCCGGGCAGCUGGAGCAAGAUGACUAGUGUCGAGGUGGGCCAGUUCCCACUGGGGUUCCCCACCAGUGACACCAUGAACAAGGACUCCACAGCCUUCCAGAGCAUCCCUCAGGGAGCCUUCGAUGAAGUAGCCUCAUGUCUGGUGAAGGUGCCAGGGCAGAGAGAGGAUGGCAACGAAAUAGCUCUGGUCGAGAAUGCCCUCAGCCUCCAGAAGAGCCAGGAUGUGCUGGACGUGGAAGAAAAGAAGACCACGAUGAAGAAGAUGAUGAAGCAGAUCCAGGAGGAGCCGCUGGAUUCUCUCUUGAGCUCCACUCGCCAGCAAGUCAUGGAGACCCUGACCCAGCUGAGUCAUUCCCAGCUCGUCCUGGACGUGCGGGAACGGUCGGAGCUGGUGAACACGUGCGUGAAGAGUGUGCUCUCCCUUCCCUCGGUGCAGGCCAUGCAGGAGAAAGACGACGACAAGGCUGAGGCCAUACAGACACUUUACCGUCAGACCUUGGAUGCCCUGCAGACACUUCUCAAUGCCCUCUGUGUUGAGGACCCCACUCCUGCUGGGCUGAAGAGUGUCUUGGAGCCUCUGGGGCCCUGGAUGAACUCUGGGAAGGCCCAUGAGAGAGCACGGGCUGUGAAAAGCAAUGUCUCUGUGUUGAACCACACGCUUCUGACCCUGCCUUUCUUUAUGUCCUCGGGGUUCCCGGCACUGGGGCUUCUGCUGGGGAGGCUCAUCAUUCGCAUCGGGGAUCCUGAUGAGGAGAUUGGCCGGGAGGCUCUGGACGGCAUCACCAUCCUCUACACCAUCUUGGAGCUUCAAAAACGAGCCAGAGAUAAGGAAGAGACCAAUAAGAAGGAGCUGUACGAGAGCAACAAGCGUUUCCUGGGCCCCUACAACCCUGUCAGCCCGUGCCAGAACAUUCUGCGUGUUAUCGCGGAAUUUGGAGACUUCCUGGGGCCCCAACAGGUAAAGGACCUGCUGCUAGCAGCCCUGGAAGGGCUGAAAGGUGGCUCAGAGGCUUGGGGCGAGGACUCGGGGGAAAUGAUGCAGCUGGCCUCGGAGGUCACACUCAGCUCGGUGCUGGAGCGGUACCGACACAGGGCACUGGAGGUGAUUCCAGAAAUCAUGCAGGGCAUCUAUGUGCACCUGAGCCACAUUCAGGAGCCACGGGCCCGAGAGGUGGCCCUGCUGCCCGUCUCUCUCCUGGCCAGCUCCUUCAUGACCGAGGUCGUCGUGGCCCUGCUCAUGUGUCCCCUCCCACUGGACAGCAAUGGAGCAGAGAUGUGGAGGCAGCUGAUACUGCGCAAGCCCAGCUGUGACGUCCGAGAUCUCCUGGAUCUGCUCCUGACCAGCCUGAAGGAAAAGCCUGUCACCAAGAGGGGCCGGGCCUCCAUCGUGCCCCUAGCGGCAGCCAGCGGCCUCUGUGAGCUCCUGUCCAUCAACAGCUGCAUGGGCCGCGUGAGGCGCAUCUACCCCCAGCUGCUCCUGGCCCUGCUCAUUCAGGUCCAUUACCACAUCGGCCUCAACCUGCCUGGCCGCGUGGUUUCCCACAAGGACGCCAAGAAAGACGGACAGCCCUCUGGUUUCGUGCCCAUACGCUGGGUGGUCAAAGUGGUGAAAAUCCUUCUGCUGAAGAUGGGCUGCUCAUACGAGGCUACCUUUCUGGAGGACCAGGGUGGCUGGGAGCUCAUGGGGCAGGCGGAGAACCACCACCGUGGAGUGUCCCUGCUGGCCAGGGCCAUGGUGCACUACUCCUGCCAGGAGCUCUGCCGCAUCCUCUAUCUGCUCAUCCCGCUCCUGGAGCGAGGCGACGAGAAGCACAAGAUCACCGCCACUGCCUUCUUUGUGGAGCUCCUCCAGAUGGAGGAGGUGCGACGGAUCCCUGAGGAAUACUCUCUGGGGCGGAUGGCAGAAGGUCUGAGCCACCGGGACCCCAUCAUGAAGGUGCUGUCCAUCCGAGGCCUGGUCAUCCUGGCCCGAAGGACUGAGAAGACCACCAAGGUGCAGGCCCUCCUGCCCUCCAUGGUGAAGGGUCUGAAGAGUGUGGAUGGGCUGCUGGUGGUGGAGGCGGUCAACAACAUCAAGAUCAUCUUCAAGGGGCAGGACCGGAAGCUGAUGGACAGCUCGGUCUACGUGGAGAUGCUGCAGAUCCUGCUGCCACACUUCAGUGAUAAUGAGUGGAAGGAAGGCCAUGUGCCUCCAUGUGGGGCACAGAGGCCCAGGCAGCCUCCUGGAAGACGGAGCAUGCCUGAGCCUCUGGAUCUGCCCCAGUCACGAGAGGAUGUGCGCUCCUCCUGCAUCAACCUGUACGGCAAGGUGGUCCGGAAGCUGCGGUGGCCCCGCACCCCGGCCAUAGAGGAGCAGCUGAUCAGCACCUUGGUGCCCCUGCUGCUGACCAUGCAAGAGGGCAAUGCCAAGGUGAGCCAGCUCUGGUGUUCUCUUCCUGUUGGCCCUCAGAAAUGUGUGAAGACCCUGUUCCACUGUUCUUGCUUCAUGGCUUGGGAAUUGCCAAAAAGAGCUUACAGUUGGAAGCCCUGGGAAAACCAGCAGCAGAAGGUGGCCAAAAUUUGCAAGUACCUUGUGGACACCCAUCGAGACAGUGCCUUCACGUUCCUCAGCCAGAGCCUGGAGUACACCAAGAGUUCCAGAGCCUCCCUCCGGAAGUCCUCGGUCAUGUUCAUAGGUAACUCGCCCUAGCAGAACUAGUCCUACUGCUUCCUCCCCUUGGAAGGAAGCUGCGGCCCUUCUGGCACUGGGUGGAUGCCUCCCCUUGGGUGCAAGGCUUGGCCAGCAGACGGCCUUGGUAUAAAUUAGAAAGGUCUCCCCUCCUCUGAGAUCACUGCUUGGGAAGUGAGCCAAGGUCACAACCUUGGCAUCUGUACGCAGAAGUGCUGCUUCCCCCCUGAGUACAGUGGGGUCCAGGCCCAGCAGGAGCUUGCUGUUGACCUUGGCAGGAGGAGCCAAGCUGCACAGUGGAGAAGUGAACUAGGAUCUCAGCUCCAUGAUCCCCUUUCUGUGUGACCCCAAAUGAGUCAUUUACUCUCACUGAGCCUCCUCUGUAAGAUCUGUAA